AUCCGCACUCACCACCUAUUUGUCGACUUUAAAGCCGCUUUCGAUAGUACUUAAAGGUAUAUGCCGCUAUGUCUGUCAUACGCCUGUGAAAAAUGACGUUGAGUAAUACCACCAGCUCUGCUCUGUUGCCUUUCGCCACCAGACGGGGUUUCAGACAGGGCGGCUCUCUUUCAUGUGGCUUCUUUAAUCUGAUGUUGGAGAAGAUAAUAACAUCUUCAGAACUGAACCGCUUAGGAACAAUUUACUACAAGAGCGUACAAUUGCUGGCUUAUGCCGAUGACACUGACAUCAUCGGUAAGAAAAACCGCGAAGUCUGUCCUGACUUUUCCAAGUUGGACAAGGAAGCAAAGCGAAUGGGUCUGGUGGUAAACGACGACAAGACGAAGUAUCUCCUGUCAUCAAACAAACAAUCAGCAUAUUCGCGCCUGGCACCCACGUCACUUUUGACAGUUAUAAUUUCGAGGAAGUAGAGAAUUUCG